ACGAGGAAGUGCGCGUGUCCGUCUGGUGGUGUGUUUCUCAUCAUUUCCUGAAUCCCGCUCCUGUAAUUCACAGCGACAUGGAAAGUAAACGCACCCCAACGAAGUGAGAGAAAGAAAAAAACUGGAAAAUGAGGCACGAAGACCAGCUCCAUCCUUUUGAGGUCUGACAUUUUCCACCAAUGGGCUGAGGCUGUGGGCGGGACCAGGAUGAGUGCCGAGCUGCUGUUGGAGGAGCUGCUGAUUAAGCGUUCACAGCAGAAAAAGAGGACGUCGCCGCUGAACUACAAGGAGAGGCUGUUCGUCCUCACCAAGAGCCAGCUGACAUACUAUGAUGGAAGAGCUGAGAAGAAGUUCAAGAGGGGCUCCAUCGAACUGAGUCGCAUCAGAUGUGUGGAGAUUGUCAAGAAUGGAGGCGGAAUCAUCCCCUGCCAGAACAAAUACCCCUUUCAGGUGGUGUACGAUAACAACACCCUCUAUGUAUUUGCUCCGAGUCACAACAGCAGAAGCCGAUGGGUCCAGAGCCUCAAAGAUGAUCAAGACAACCCGGAGGUCUUGGUGAAGUUUCACCCCCAGUUCUGGCAGGAUGGGUUGUGGCUCUGCUGUCGCCAAGCAGAAAAACAGGCACUAGGGUGUGAACAGUACAACCCGUUAGAAGACAUUUCCAGAAAACCUCUACCCCCGAUUCCUGGAGAGAAGUGUAAAAAAAGGCAGCGUCGGAAUCCUCCUCCCACCCCCCCGACCCCUGAGGAUGAUGACGAGGACGAUGAGGAAGACGAGGAGGAGGAGGAGGUGGUGGUGGCUCUGUAUGACUUCCCCGGCAUGGAGCCUCAUGACCUGAGUCUGUUCAAAGGCGAGGAGUAUGUCAUCAUGGAUAAGUGUGAUGUCAACUGGUACAGGGCACGCAACAAGUAUAACGAGGAAGGAUACAUUCCAAGUAACUAUGUAAUCGAGAGGAAAUCUGGAAACCUGGUCCAGUAUGUCUGGUACAGCAAAAACAUCAACAGGAACAAAGCAGAGGAGCUGCUGAGGAAGGAGGACAAAGAAGGUGCAUUCAUUGUCAGAAACUCCAGCACCCUGGGAGCCUACACUGUUUCUCUCUACACCAAGUCUUCAGGGGAGGGAGGUGCAGCUAUUAAACAUUACCAUAUCAAGGAGACAACAAGCUCACCGAAACAGUUCUAUCUGGCUGAGAAACACCUGUUCAGCUCCAUCCCGGACCUGAUCGAAUACCACAAACACAAUGCAGCAGGCCUUGUAGCCAGGUUGAGGUAUCCUGUUGGAAAACAAGACAAGUCAGCUCCAUCCACUGCAGGCUUCAGCUAUGAAAAGUGGGAGAUCAACCCCAACGAACUGACCUUCAUGAAGGAGCUGGGCUGCGGUCAGUUUGGAGUGGUGAGGCUCGGCAAGUGGCGUGCUCAGCACAAAGUGGCCAUCAAGGCCUUGAGGGAGGGAGCCAUGUAUGAGGAGGACUUCAUUGAAGAGGCUAAGGUCAUGAUGAGACUGUCCCACCCCAAACUGGUGCAAUUGUAUGGGGUGUGCAGCCAGCAGCAGUCAAUCUACAUUGUCACAGAGUUCAUGGAGCAGGGCUGUCUGCUGAACUUCCUCAGGCAGCGGCGGGGCAGCUUUAAUCAGGGGUACUUGCUUAGUAUGUGUUUGGAUGUCUGCGAGGGCAUGGGCCACCUGGAGGCCAACGGCUUCAUCCACAGAGACCUGGCGGCCAGAAACUGCCUGGUAAACGACUCUCUGGUGGUGAAGGUGUCUGACUUUGGCAUGGCCAGAUAUGUAUUAGAUGAUCAGUACACCAGCUCAUCGGGUGCCAAGUUUCCCGUGAAGUGGUCGCCCCCUGAAGUCUUUAACUUCUGUAAAUACAGCAGCAAGUCGGACGUCUGGUCAUACGGUGUGCUGAUGUGGGAGGUCUUCACAGAGGGCCGGAUGCCAUUUGAGCAAAGUCAUAACCAUGAGGUGGUGACCUUAGUUACACAGGGUCACCGCCUGUACAGGCCCAAAAUGGCCAAGCCCGCCAUCUAUGACAUCAUGCAACUGUGUUGGCAUGAGAGGCCAGAGGAGCGUCCCUCAUUCGCCCAGCUUUGCUUCAAGAUCUCAGAGGCUCUGGAGGACGACGAGGCAACCCAAGACUGACCACUCAGCUGCUCACAUCCUCCAUGGCUGCCAUUUCUGAGCCAAAACACAAUGUCACGGUGCUCAUUGUGUCUGGAAUGGACAAAUUAAAUAUGGAGGAAGGACCAAACGCACCAACUCUAAAUUCAUCCACCAAUCACAUUUUUUCUCACUAAAGCACCUCAGCUCACAGCCAUGAAGACUAAAGUUCACAACAUAUGUUGGAGGUGUUUCAAGAUGACUCACCGACUGAUGGCAACAAUGACAACACGUAAAUACAGGCUCUGCAUGUUCGAUGUAUUAUCUGCUGACAUGUUUCCUCUCGCUCAGACAUGAACAGGAAGCCGUUUGGUCAGACAUCUGUCAGCAAAAAAACCACAGAAAGUAUUUUUGUGAAGCUCAAAUUUCCUUCAACUCUGUUUUUAUUUGUGUCAACCGUUCCUGUGACAUCCAUCAGGCCAACUGCAACCCAUCCAAAUAUUAAUGUUGGGUUUGUUUUUGAUCUGUGCUAAAUCAACACAUUUUCAGAUAGUAGAUGUUUCAUUUUAAAUGAAAUCUCGUUAUAGCUGUUCAGUUAAAAGCUUUUCCAUUGUUCUAAAUAAAAGGCUGGACGCUAAUGAAACCCUAACCAUAGAUGGGUCGCAAUUAAACUGGUUAACCUUGUAAGGUCAAAAUAUGCUACUUUAUUUGCUUCUCUCCCUCAUCUUGGCAGUUCAAAUCAUAGGAUUAUGGUUAGUGUUGGGCCUCAGGUUAGGGUUGUCACUGAUGAAGAUCUAGACCUCACAGAAUUAAGGAUGUGUGUGCUCUUCCCCAUCACGUCAUGUGUGUAUAUUAUUAGAGUACUAUACACAGGAAAUAAA